GAGCGGAGGUUGGGCCUCGGUGCCAGGCGCUCCCGACGGCGCCAGCCGGUGCAGCGGGGGCGGGGUCAGCGGGCGGGCGGGGCUGGGCUCUGGCUCAGCACUCCCUCCGUGGCAGCCGAGCCGAACGGAUGCCCCCCGCCCGGGGCCCAUCUCCCUUAUCAUGACCGGGCCCCUGGAGGUGGAGGCGCGGACACGAUGCCCCAAGGAGAGUCAGAAGGCGGUGUAGACGGCGGCGGCGAUGGGGGGGAAGUGCCCACGCUCAUCCCAGAUGGGGAGCCUCUGAGGGAAGAGCAGCGGCCCCUGAAGCAGUCUUUGGGAGUUUCCCUUUGUCGGGAGUCCCACUGGAAGUGCCUCCUGUUAACCCUCCUCAUCCAUUCAUGUGGGGCUGUGGUGGCCUGGUGCUGGCUGGCCACCGUACCCCGUCUGGCCAUAGGCACUGGCCUUUCCCAUGGGACCCCUGCCACCUACCAGGCCAGUCCCUGCUCAGAUGGCUACCUGUACAUCCCACUGGCCUUCGUCUCCCUCCUCUACCUCCUCUACCUGGCUGAGUGCUGGCACUGCCACAUGAGGGCCUCCAGGGCACCACGCACAGAUGUGGUCACAGUGCUGGCCCUGAUACGCCGCCUCCAGCAGGCCCCGCCUUGUGUCUGGUGGAAGGCCACCAGCUACCAUUACGUUCGACGAACCAGACAAAUAACCCGCUACCGCAAUGGCGAUGCAUAUACCACCACCCAGGUCUACCACGAGCGGGCUGAUAGCCGGACAGCACGGGGUGAAUUCGACUAUUCUGCCCACGGUGUCCGAGAUGUGUCCAAAGAGCUGGUGGGGCUGUCAGACCACCCGGCUACUCGCCUGCGCUUCACCAAGUGUUUCAGCUUUGGAAGCGCAGAAGCUGAGGCUGCAUACCUCACUCAGAGGGCCCGGUUCUUUGGCGCCAAUGAGGGCCUCGAUGACUACCUGGAGGCCCGGGAAGGGAUGCAUCUGAAGGAUGUGGACUUCCGAGAGUCGCUGAUGGUGUUUGCAGAUCCCCGCAGCCCCCCCUGGUAUGCCCGGGCCUGGGUGUUCUGGCUGGUAUCUGUGGCCACACUGUCAUGGCCACUCCGUGUAGUGGCUGCAUAUGGCACGGCCCAUGUCCACUACCAGGUGGAGAAGCUAUUUGGGGCCAGCUCGCCCCCACCUGGCCAUGCCCCUGGAGGCCCAUCACUUUCUCGAGUAGCCACUGUGGACUUCACAGAACUGGAGUGGCACAUUUGCUCCAAUCGGCAGCUGGUGCCCAGCUACUCAGAGGCCAUGUUGAUGGGCCCUGGCCCCACAGCCUACCUCAGAGGCUGCCAGCGCUGCCGCCGCUCUGUCAGCAGCAACUCGCUGCCCCCGUCCCGGGCUAGCGGGCCCCGCUUGCCCUUCAGCCGAAGCCGCCUCUCCCUGGGAGGUGGGAGCCGGGCUACGACGGGGGUCUUCCGAAGCCUGAGUGGGGGGCCACUGGGUCGUCGGGGGGAAGACACGGAGCCCUUGGAGAGCCCCCCCUGCUACCAGGAUGCUCUUUACUUCCCUGUUCUCAUUGUUCAUGGAGAUGGAGGUUGCCGGGGGGAUGGGCAAGGUGCGAUCUGAGCUCUUUGAGCAAAAGAUGGGUGUUGUGGCAAUAGAGCCUGGCAGAGGACCCACACACCCAGGACCAGAUGAGUGAUUGAUUCUUGUAUGAACCAAAAUAGCAAAAGCACCAGGCAUUUGGGGAAGCCACAGUCUGGUAUCUGUAGAAACUAAUGCCCAGGUGCCAGUGGUUUUGUUCAUCUCGGGGAGGGGUGGUAGAGAAACAGAUGUUCCCUCAAUCACCACUGGUUCCUCCUCUCCUGGGGACAUUCUUUGCCCUAAACUAAGGGACCAUCUGAGUCCGCGCUACCAGUGACCAGGACAAUGGCAAGUACUGAGGAUGUCUUGGGGUGGGGGGUGGGGGUUUCUAGGGAAAUGUUUACUCUUCUUGGGGCCAAGGGCUCAUUUACCCCCGGGGAAAUAUGUCUUUUGUAGCUGGAGCUAGAAGUGGCUCCAGAGAAAUUCAAGCCAGGGCAAAGGGGAGCGUCCCUGAACUGGGAGCUGAGAGCCCUGUCCCCCACACCCAAGCUUCCACUUCCUUGGUUCUUUGAGGACAGCACCCCACCCUCCUCCCCCAUGGUUCUAUCCUCGGAGAAGCACGAAAGGAGAAAAAUGGGGGAAGGGAGGUGAUGAGAGGCUUGGCCAGGCUGACCCAGAAGACCUAGCCCAAAGGCCUAUGCCUCAUUCCCUCAAUCCCUGGGGGUCAGUACUGAUGAUGGGGCCAGUACCAGAAUCUGAGGCCUUCUGCAGACACCACAUCUGCCAGGACCACAUCAGCUCCUGUGAUCUCAGAGCUGGCUAACCUUCCAGCACAGGCUAGGGGGAUUAGAACCUGAACUGGGGGAAGGGCCAACCCAGGGGGCACUAGCCUGGCUGCCCUAAUAGGGAGGGGCAGUGGAACUAAGUGGCAGGAGGUGGGCCACAAUCCUACCUCUCUCCAGUUCAUACUGUAUCCCUUCCACAUCACAUCCAAACACUCAGUCUUCUCCAGGGGACCCCUCCUCAGCCUCUUCCUGAAGCUCCCAGUCCUUAGCACCCCAUCCCCUCGCCAUGAGGCCCUCAGCACUGCUUGUCUUUCCUCUUGCCCCUCUCUACCUGCCUCCUUCCUGUUCCCUCCGAAGGGACACAUUGUUUUCCUCUCCUCUCCUUUGUCAUGAUGUUCCUUCUCUUAACUGUCUUCUCUACCCCAAGAGAGCUAACUAUGGGGUGUGGGGAACUGGGGCAGCAUGUGGGCCACCCAAGGCUCUGAAAGCCCCCUCCCUUCUUUAAUGUCCCGACCCCCGUGCCCGAGGGGCAGCUUUGUGCAAGUGGACCCUGCCAUACCUAGAGAGGUCUCCCAUUCCUUAGAUGAUUCCUUUCCCUGUCCAAGGGCUGCCUGGAUGCCACACCCUCCUGGGAGGACACCCUCUAAUGGUACUCUACCACCCCUUCUGGGGAGGCCUGGGCAUCAGCCCAGGAUGAGGGUUACAAAGAAGACAAGGGACAAAUAAAAGGUAUGAAAUA